AUGAUAGUUGUUGGAAGGUACUUUUUGAGACUACCUGAUCCCUUUAAUGGCACGUGCACAUGUUCACCAGGUUGGUAUGGUCACACCUGUGCGCAGGCCUGUCCCUACGGUUAUUUUGGCAAUGGAUGUAACAAGAAGUGCGAAUGUGCUAAUGGAGCGUCGUGUGAUCCAGUGCACGGCACGUGUUCGUGUACUGCUGGUUGGAGAGGUAGAAACUGCUCUCACACCUGUUCAUCUGGCUUAUUUGGCACCGAAUGUGCUCAUUAUUGUCGCUGUGGUCAUCACGUGGACGUAUCGUGUAACCACGUGACUGGAGAAUGCUUUUGUGCUGCGGGCUACACUGGUCCUAGGUUAAGUCAGUCGUCUUCCUGUGAUCACGUGACAGGAAAAUGCAUCUGCUUACCUGGUUACUAUGGCUACCAUUGCGAGAAUGAAUGUCCGGAAGGUAAAUACGGUCAGGAUUGUGCAUUGGACUGCGAGUGCGCAAACGAGGCUUCUUGUCAUCAAGUGAACGGAACAUGUGAUUGCACGGAAGGUUUUAUUGGAAGAAAAUGUGAAAAGCCCUGUCCUCAAGGAAAGUUUGGUGCGAACUGUUUAGAAUGUCUGUGUCUUUCGGGAUUCACAGGGAGUCGUUGUAUGGACAAGUGUCCCGACCGUUCAUGGGGCAUUGAAUGUCAAAACAAGUGCUCGUGUGAGUGGAAUCAGACAAGGAAAUGUCGAGGUGAUAACGGGCAAUGUCUUUGCCACGAUGGCUACAGAGGUGCCACUUGUCAACAGUUCUGCGAAGAUGGGACUUAUGGUGAAGAUUGCAAACAUCCUUGCCCGGUUUGUUUCUGACACGUGAUCGGCACGUGUUA